AUGGUGGGUUUGGAACAAGUUAAUAAGCCUGGUAGACUGAAGUUGUCAGGUUUACAGAUCUUUUCAAAUGAAGAAUUCAACUCAUCUACAAGUACUGUUACACAAAAUAAAGGAUAUGGAACUGAACGAGACUAUGGAUUGCAAAUAGAGUCGAACGCUGCGUCGGCGAUCCCGUCAAGACUGAGUGUUGCUAAAAAGUUGUCUGACUGGGGUGUGGACGGCAUGAACGAUUAUUCGCCGACUUUGGUUAACGGUUCGGAGUUUGGAGAUGAGGAGUUUACAAAAGCGGACCAGAUAGUACCUAUGUCGCAAAUAUUUCGACAUUUGCCCGGAAAAUCCAGAAGAUUUGUAGACGAAUUUCAACACGCCAUUAUUGCAUGUGACAUGCUCGCUGAGAGAGCAAACGUAAGUUUCCCAUGGGCUCCAGCGUCGAGCGGUUCUGGUGUGACCAGCCUCACCACUUUUCGGGACAGCCUCGAACAUUUCACACCCUACGGCACAAUAACACUUUAUGGGCGCAGGAAAAUCGUUUUUAAGAGAACAAUUGAGUUUAUUCCGACAAUGUUGCGCUGCUACCGUUGCAUGAGGGCCCUGUCACGGUUGCCUAUGUCCUUGCGACGUAAAACCAUCAAGCUAAUCACGACAAUCGCGAUAUGUGCUUAUUUGGCCACACAACAGGAACUGAUAUACUCAAGUGCGAUCCGAUCUUCGUCUUUGGCCAACCUCAGGACUACAUUGACACAUUUGCAAGAAAUAUCAAAGCAACGAAGCCGUUGUCGAAACAUACACAAAGAUCUGAUCACUUAUAGAGAGCUUUCCGUCGUACGACGUCGGCAAUCCAGCGAAUGCGUAACGCCGGGUCAAUUUUCGGAAGUUUUCAACGCAGCACAAGAUCUACUAUUUUUCAAUUUGCACACUGCCGUUAUAACCAUCUUACCGGUUAUACCACUGCAGGAGUUGAGCGAGUGCUGCCGCAUAUACGGCAUAAACUUGAGUAGUUUGUUUGAUAUUUGCCGCGAGAGUGUUGACAUUGGCUCCAAGGUUAGCAAAUGUGAAAUUUUGGAACGGUUUUUGCUUUGUUGUCUAUUAUCCUCUAGCGCGACUGUCUCGUUUCGCGCCCAGUAUUCUCAAGAAGCGUCAAUCGUUUUCGGAAGGAUCUUUCCAAACAUUUGCAUGGGGCAAAACGUGAGCGACGCUGAACGUUGUAAGAUUGUGACCAAAAUUUUAGCCCACUUAAAUCAUGUUUUGCCGGCAGUUAUAACGAGUCUAGGCAAUUUAAUGACCAGUUUUUCAUCCAGGAGAUCCGAUAUGAGCGGCCUAUCCAGAGACGUCUGUAGCAAAAGUGACGACGCGCAGACUCUGAUGAGUUUAAGGAAACUUCAAAAAAUCGAACGUCUUUUGCUUGCAUCUGAAAAAAUCGACGAGGACCUGGAAAGAGCAGUUUUGGAAGGUUUGAGAGAUCUCACCAAGGUUUGGGAAAAGUCACCAAGCCGACAACAAUACGCAGGCAGGUCCAUAAUUAGAAACGAAAAACGCUUGAAUUCACUACAGCUAAGUGUGUUGUCACCUGAGGGACCGAGUCAAACUUUCCAGAACGAAAACCCCUCACAAGAGUCCCUUGUUAAGCUCAAUACUCCUCCAUAUUUCACAACCGUUGAUGACACGGACUCUAUUUGGGACAGAAGUUCCGUAUCAAUGUACAACAAUCAGAACUCUACUCAUGGAAUCCAUCAUGCUGAUGGUGUCAAUGCCGCUUCAAGGCAAGAUUUCGGACACCUGACGGACGAUCAAUUACGCAAUAAACUGGAUAACAGAAUACAAAAGCUUGCCAUGGAAAACAAAAGAGGCAAAAGACAAUUACGAACGCAGAAAAGUUUUGAACUAUUAAAUAAUUCGAGAAUUGACAGACCGUCAAAGCAACAUACUUUGAAAAGCAGGCCUUUUCUCCCAAAUGAAUGUGUAUCAGAAGAGAGCAUACCAGUCAUUUUUGAACUAACAGAGCUUUUAGAAAGAAGCUAA